AUGCACAAUCCCUGGGCGGCUGCCUCUUGGCCAAGCCCGGAAACAUCAGAUGAUGCGCCGGCCGGGGCCACAUCUCACCCAGCCCUUCUCCGCGCCGCCCACUCAGUAGCAGCGCGCUCGUCAAUACACGGGCCAGAGCUAUUAUUUCUGCCCCCAUCAAUGCCCAGUCCCCCUCUUAUUCCACCCCGACCGCCAGAGCCACCUUCGCUCCGCCGAAACCGGACAGUUCCCCAUCCGCUUGCUGCACCACCAGCGAUUCCGCCCAAGCCACUGCUCUCUCCACCACGUCGGGUUAGCGAGCCUCCCAUUCCGCCAAAGACAGAGCCCCCACAAAUUCCACUUCCCCCACCGCCCAUUGUCGAAACAACAACCCGACCAGAACUCGGCCAGCACUCGAAAUCGGCACCGGAGCCCUCUCGGAACGACGACGACGACGAUGCUGAACUUGCCCAGUUGGCUGCGGUCAUUGCCCUCUCCCAGGCUGAGUCGCUAAGGAAGGAGAGACUUGAGCAGAAAAUACAGAGCCAGGAGGAAGCCGACCUCGCACGGGCCAUGGAGGCCUCGCUUUCCCCAAAUGCAUGGUCGCAUUCUCUGGGGCCUCAUUCAACAGAGGACGGACCCUCACAUCUAACUUCAGCCAUGAUGAUUGUACUAACGCCGAUGGAGUCUGAAUUCCCCCAAUCGCAAUAUAUGGACGACGAGACUUUCGCACGGAUGCUCGCUGCCCAAGAUACCCCAACUCAAUCUUCAUUCCCACCAAGUCCUAUUCCUUUGCCGAGCAAUGGCCUGGCUGCGGACGAGAAGUUCGCGCUCAAACUGGCUGCGGAGGAGGAGAAGCUGACACGAGAAGAGCAAGAAAGCCCUCCCGAGGAACCACCGGAUAUUCCCGUUCAGACAAAGCCACCACCACUGGAUUUACCCAAACUCGAACCGGCCGAUCUCCCCAAGUUGAAGCCGGGUGGGGAAUUCUUGACUUGGGUCGAUAGCAGCCUAGAAAGUCCUGUGGAUACCAAGAAAGUUAUCAACAUUGACCUCGCAAGUUCCCGGUCAACGCCAAUAUUAGAAGCCCUUACGCCUGGGAGUGAGGAGAGCGAAGGCAGGUCCCCAAACGCGAGCCAGUAUGUCGACGCGGAUCUGUUGCUAGGUGUCUCGAUCGGCUUCGUCGCGCCCAUGAUAACAUCACAUUUAGUCCCACUGUCAGGCUCGAUGCCUAACAUUGUCUCGCUGCCAUAUGGGCGCUGUCCUCCCCUUCAUUUGCAAGCGCCCAGUUGGCGGCAUCUUUUGAAGUUGAUGGCCAGGCUAAGUGGGACAAGAUUCGAACCAACCGUCGAAGCAUUAGCAGUGGCCCGCUCGUCCGAAAUGCAUCUGCGGACAGUAGUCCAAUUCGUUCGGCUCAACCCCGUGACUCCAGACUGGCGGGCCAUUCUCUGGUUCACAAUUGACCAUCCGGUGCCAGCUUCGAUGCCAAACUCGCGCAAAUUCACCAAUGGCGAUGUCGAUGUUCUUCCUUGGUCGUAUACUCUGUCAAGUCUGCCCGCGCUUCUCCGCGACAGCGCCGACACGCCUUUAUCGAAGUGUUACACCAUACCAGCAACAAAUAACGUGCCGUUUCCUGCGCUCCCGAUCUCGUUUCCCAAUAUGGCUUUGUACCUUCAAGCCGCACUGGAAGAAUCACGGAGGCAGAUGAGCGACAGCGGCAGUGGUGUGCGCAAACUGGCUAAAAUGCUCGAGACGUGCUAUCCUACGACCGAUCUCAAGGGGGAUGACGAAAGGAGCAGGAUGGGCGGGCUGCUGAAGAAACUUGGCAGGAAGGACAGGCGGGGCAAGAAGGGCAAAGGCGGGGGGAAUGAAGAUACCUAUGAGCUUGUUACUCCGUUUGUCCUCGAUGAAUGGGGACCAUGA